CAACAAAAUACCAGUUGACAUAACAACAACGGCUGAAGCCCCACAGAAUUGAAAUAAUGCAAAUUAUAAAAGUUACUCGCAAUCUAGUCAAACACAAACAGUUAUGCCAGCCAAAAUUGCGAAAUAUAACCAGCGCACUUUACUACAGCACAGAUAAAGAUGCGAAAUUAUCUUUGGCAACCGGCUACCAGCCAAAGCAAGUGGAGCAGGCGUAUUGGACACGUGAAGAACAACAGACCGCGACACAGUCGAGCAGCACCUGCAAGCGUGGCACAUACCGUAUGCUGUUGCCACCACCAAAUGUGACGGGAAAUCUGCAUUUGGGGCACGCUCUGAUGGCCACCGUUCAAGAUGUGAUUGCGAGGCAGCAUCGACAGCUGGGCUACAAUGUCGAGUGGGUGCCGGGUACCGAUCAUGCCGGCAUAGCCACCCAGGCUGUCGUGGAGCGUACUCUGGCUGCCACAAAGGGUCAGACGCGUCAGGAGAUCGGACGUGAGGCGUUCUUGGAUGAAGUCUGGAAAUGGAAGGCUGAAAAGGGAGCCGGCAUUGUACAGGAUCUAAAGCAGUUGGGCUGCACGCUCAACUGGGAGCGUGAGUAUUUUACGAUGGACAAACAGCAGGCUGAUGCUGUGAAUGUGGCCUUUGAGCGCCUGUUCGACGAGGGAUUGAUUAAGCGACGCAACUCGUUGGUCAACUGGUCCUGUGCCCUCAACUCGGCCAUUUCGGACAUUGAGGUGGACACGGUGGAGAUCAAGGAACCCACUGAGGUGACUGUGCCAGGCUACGAGCAAACGGUGCUCUUUGGACGCAUCUUUGACUUUGCCUAUCGCAUUGUGGAUGGCGAAACCCAAGCGGAUGGCACGCCCGAGGAGAUUGUCGUGUCCACCACACGACCAGAGACUAUUCUCGGUGAUGUUGCAGUUGCUGUGCAUCCGAGCGAUCCACGCUACAGCAAAUAUCGCAAUAGGGAAGAAGUCCGUUUGAAGCAUCCCUUUCGCGAGGACACAAUUCCAUUGAUCUUUGACAUUGCUGUGGACAAGGAAUUUGGAACGGGUGCCGUUAAGUUGACGCCAGCGCACGACAGGUUCGACUUUGAGCUGGCCAAUCGGCACAAGCUGGACGGACGACAGGUGUUCAGCAAGAGUGGACACAUCCUCGAUGCGUAUCCAGAGUUUCAGGGCCAGCCUCGUUUCGAGGCACGCGAUCGCAUCGUGGAGCGACUGGAGCAGCUGCAGCUGUUGCGCGAGGUGCGCGGACACAAAAUGCAGCUGCCGGUUUGUUCGCGCUCCAAGGACAUCAUCGAGUACAUGUUGCUGCCACAGUGGUUCCUCCAAACAAAAUCGAUGGCGGAGGCUGCGCUCUCCGAGCUGAAAAGCGGACGAUUGCAAAUUCUGCCCGCCAACUUUGAGUUGGAAUGGGAGCGUUGGCUGGAAGAUUCGCGGGACUGGUGCAUCUCGCGGCAGCUUUGGUGGGGUCAUCGGGUGCCCGCCUACGAGGCCUUUGACGCCAAUGGCAAAAGCUGCUGGGUUGCUGCCCUCAAUGAGGAGAGUGCGCGCGAGAAGGCAUCGCGCAUCUUGGACACCAAAGAACCGCGACUCUGUCGCGAUGUCGAUGUGCUGGACACUUGGUUCUCCUCAUCGCUGCUGCCCUUCUCUGUCGCUGGCUGGCCCAAUGAAACGUACAAACAGGUGUAUCCGCUUGAUUUAAUGCAGACGGGCCACGACAUCAUCUUCUUCUGGGUGGCACGCAUGAUGAUGAUGGGCCUUAAGCUGACCGGUGAGGCGCCCUUUCAGCGCAUCCUGCUCAAUGGGAUUGUAUGCGAUGCCCAGGGACGCAAGAUGUCCAAGAGUCUCGGCAACAUUGUCUCACCACAGCAGGUAGUGCAGGGCGCCAGCUUGGACAGCCUGAAAGCAGUUCUGCAGCAAUCGUGUGAUGCUGGCAUCUUGAACCCCAACGAACUGAAAACCUCAACGGAAGGGCUAACUAAAAUGUUUCCCAAUGGCAUCCAGGAAUGCGGCACGGAUGCGUUGCGCUUCACGUUGCUCAGCCACAAUAUCAAGAAUCAUUUCAUCAACUUUGAUGUGGCCGCUUGCCACACAAACAAGCUGUUCCUUAACAAGAUCUGGCAGGCAAUGCGAUUCACACUGGGCGCUGCCCAAAGUCUCGGAAUCAGUCUGAAUGAGUUCGAGACCAUGGAGGGCGUCACGCUAAGCAUAUGGGAUCGCUGGAUCAUUGGACGACUGGCCGAGACGCUUGCCAUAUGCUCCGAGUGUUCCACUAACUACAAUUUCCAUAUGGCCACAUCGGCCCUAAAACUUUUCUUCUAUCAAAAUCUAUGCGAUGUUUAUCUUGAAACGACCAAAGCGGCUAUAAGCAGUCGCAGCAAUGACGCCUACAUCAACGUGGCCACUCUGACAACGUGCCUCAGCUGGGGACUGCAGGCAAUGAUGCCGUUUACUCCGUUCGUCGCCUCCGAGCUUCUGCAGCAUGUGCCGCUUGACAUACAACUGAAUCUGUCGGAGUAUCAGGAUCCCAAGCUGCAGGCCGAGGUUGCCGAUAUUGUCGGCAUCUGCACAAUCAUUCGGCAAGUGAAGAGUCGCAAUCAGAUCAGCAAACGUCACGCACCUAAUUUGUGUCUGUUCGCUCAGAAUGAGGAGGCGGAAAUGAUACUGCAACGUCAUCUGAAGCAAAUUGCGGUGCUCACUCGCUGCACGAAUGUGGAACUGGAACUGCUCAAUGAGGAUUCCAAAUUCUCCAAGAAAUUAAACUUCUUUUCCACGGCGGGAGCGUUGUGCUCCUUUGGCAUCACCAUGAACGAGGAAUACACGGCGCUGGCAGAGAAGCGGGCUCAAAUGAUGAACGAGAACCAGAAGAAGCUGAAAAAGUUGAACAACGAGCUGCAAAAGUAUCGACUUCGUGUUGACAACGAAGCCUUCCAGCUGAUGGCCGAUAAAGCAACCAAAUUGCAUUUCAACCAUCGGAUCAAGGAGCUACAGGCUGAGAUUGAUAGUCUUAUACGGAUGGCAGCGUAGUUCUAAUCAUCCGAAUCUGUUAGAUAAAUUAUGUACAGUAAAUGCUAAAAGAACUAAACUAAAUAUAAUACGUAUUAUAAAGUAAUUUAUUUCUAUAUCAAUUA